AUGGUUGAAUCUGUCGAAGAUGGCUCAGACGAGGAAAAGGACCUUACCUCACCUCCCCUCGAAGGAUUCGGCCCCGAGGCGUCACGUAGCUUUCUUAGACUAUUCCGCGACACCACUAUCCACAAGGUCGGAGACACCGCCUUCCACAUUACAGCCCGCACCGGCUGUCUAAACAUUAUUAAUGCCUCUUGGCGCGCUUUCUUCUGCGUUGAGAACCGGGGCCAGCCCUCAAACGAGUCUGGUUUUGAUACCUCCCCAUUGCUUCUGGCCAGAAAGAACGCUGCCGGACGCACAGCCGCCAAUGAGGCAGUUGCUGCCGGUCAUGAUCACGUUGCGGAGUGGCUGAGCCCAGUGCUGAACCGUCUCACCCUGGGCGGUAAGAGAGCUACUGAGAGUAGAAUGGCUAGGAUGGAGGAGCUGGUUGAUUGUCGCUACGAUAUUGACGGACAAUAUAUCAAGGCGGACCAGGUCCCAGUCAUUAGAAGGAAAUGGAUGAUGAUAGAAAGUAGUGGAACUGUGCGUACGGGCAACUGUUGA